CCGACUAUAAUUUCCCCUAACGGACUCGAGGGAGGCGUCUGCGGCUGCGUUGUCAGUCACUCUAUCACCGUUGUUCGGUGGCCGUCGUUCGCUCCAUCUGGCGCCCGCUGCUUGUUCCUAGGUUGAUAUACCGGUGCAGUACACUGACGUGCAGUCGAAAGUUUUGUCUUAAAACGCGAUCCGCCGGGAGAAGCUAUACCUCGUGCGUGCUACUAAAAGAGACAGCGCCGCAGCAACGUCACACCGCCCUCAGUCAUCGCCUCGACUACGUAACAGGGAGAAUGGGUGAACAGCCUGCGUCGUUCUACUGGCUCCUGUUUGUCGUGAUCGUAUCAUGCGCUUCUCGGUCGGCUUCGGCUAGCAGCGCUUCGGGUGCAUCUAGUGAGAAUGAUGUGCAGCCGCCGGAGGAGGAGGCUUCGGCGGAGAGCGCAAUCGCUAACUAUCCCGACGUCGCCGAGAGUUCCAUGCCGACAGAGUCCGCGGCGUCGGUCUUACCAUUCACCACCCCUAGCAGCAGUACCAGCAGCAGUACCAGCAGCAGUGUCGGUGUGACCGAGGCUUCCACUGUCGGGGACUGGACAACACACGCGUCGAUGGUAGGCCCGAAGCCCACGAUCAACCAGGCAGUCGUCGGGAUGGUGCAAUUCUUGCAGAAGGAGAUGGCCGAGCUGCGGGGUGCGCAGCAGGAGGAACACGACAAGGUGGCGCUGCUGCGAGCACAGAUGGAGAUGCAACAGCUUGUCAACGCACAGCUUCUUCGUGCAGAAGAAAAGAACAACGAGAAGAUGUCGACAAUGACACGUGAGCUGACUCUCCUCAUCACCGAGUUCCAGCAGACUCGAGAAGAAGUCGCAGGCAACAUUACAGACAUCUGGCAAGUGCUCAAAGAUCAGGAUUUUGAAUCGAUAAAAGCAAUAGGUCGUUUGAACAGCAUCACGAUGGAACUGACUGAGAGACAGGCGACCGACCACAAACAGACGCAGAAGCAACAGGGCAUGAUGUCGGCGCUAGUCGACCGACUCUCGCUCGACCUGACCGACCUCGUCGGCCAGUACCGCCACAACCUCCCGACGCUCGAGCUCGUCAGCCAACAGGGGGCGCAGCUGCAGGUCAUGGGUGAGCAACUCGAUCGUCUGCGGGGGCAGGUCGAUGACGUCAUCGCCGGCGACGACUGGCAGCAUGCGCUGACGAAGCGUGUCGACGACAACUCAGCGGGAGUCGAGGCGCUCGCGUACUCGCUGGCGGGCGUCGCCGAGGAAGCGGCCGACGUCGUCGGCAGACUAAACUACAGCGAGGUGCGGCUGGAGGGUUUCAAGCGCGAAGUCGCUGUCGUCGGCGCCAAACUCGACGUCAUUGCCGACGACCUGGACACCUUCGAGAACAGUACGUCGCUCGAUCUCGAAGGGAAAUCAAUCGAGAUGCAACUGCAGGCGUCGCGCCGCGAGGCAACGGAGCGAGACGUCGCGAGCCUAUUCACUGCGCUGGACAAACUCGCCGACGCGCACGAGGCGUCGACGGCCGACGUCGCCGACGUCGUCGACGACGUGUUCCGGCUGCGCAACACGCUGCGCGAAGAGUUGCUGCGCAUCAACGAGACGGAGAGAGACGUCGACGCGCUGAACAGCAGCGUGCGCGCGCACAUCGACCGCAGCGCCGCCGACGCGGAGCCGAGGAACCGCUACCACAGCGUCAGCUCGCUCGCCAACGAGACAGCCGACGGUGGCGACAUCUUCGGCGAGUCGCGAUUCCGCGCGUCGAUGCGGACCCGACUCGGCGACGUCGAGCGCCGCGUAGGGGCGCUACAGGCGACCUGCGAGCGAGCCGAGACGAACUCGCAACGUCUCGGCAAGAUCCUGCUUGACAACUCGGACGGGGAGGCCGGCGAUAGCAGCGGCGACGGCGACGGCCCGUUCCCGGCCGCCGACAACGUCAUUCCCGUCGACGCGCUCGAGCUGUGGAAGGCCGGCGUUGACACGACGCUUACCAACCUUGAGACGACGUUCUCGGCCGAGCUCGCCUCUCUCGCCGCCAACGUCACACGCGUGACGUCACGGCUAUCGAACGUCGACGACGACGAGGAGGAGAGGGACACGGCGAAGGCUGUAAGCGGGCUGGAGUUCUCGCUGAGUCAGAUGCAGACAGCGCUAGAUGUGCUGCAGAUCGGACAGGCGGAGCUGGAGAGCAGGACGCUGAGUCACGGAGAUGAGGUGACGAGGCUGGCGAGCAAGGUGCGCGCCGACCAGUACAACCUCGUCGAUCUGCAGAACACGAUGUUCAACUACUCGCUGCAGGCGUGCAGGGACGUCAACGAAAAUCUGCAGCAGAAUCUCAAGAUAUCCAACGUCGAGGUGAAGUACCACCAAUUGGAGAAUUCCCUGGAAGAGCAACGAACCAGCAUUAUACUCAUCGGUAACAAAGUCAAUGCAAUGGCAUCCCGCAGUAUUACAGACGAACUCAGUAGCAAACUGCGCUCACUCCGGACCGAGGUGGAUUCCGCUAUCGAUAAGAUUCCAAAGGCUGUCGAUGUGCUGGAGGCUCUUGACCACCAGGUGGCGCAGUUCGUUUAUCAACUGCCCGAGGACUGUAGUAUGAGGACAGUGCCAGUACGAUACGAGAGCUACAGCAGUGGAGUGUAUCUCAUCAAACCCAACAACUUAAACGAGUCCGUACGGGUAUUCUGUGACGUUGACGAAGCUGGAGACAUGUGGACAGUCAUACAGAGAAGAUUGGAUGGGUCCGUCGACUUCUACCGUACGUGGACCGACUACCGCGACGGGUUCGGUACGGCCGCUGGCGAGUACUGGCUGGGCAACGAGCACAUUCACGCGAUCACGCGCACGGGCAACUACUCGCUGCGCGUCGACAUGUGGGACGCCGACGGCACCUAUCGCUACGCCACCUACGAAGAGUUCUCGGUCGCCGACGCCGCCGACGACUACCGUCUGCAGUUGAACGGCUACGGCGGCAACGCCACCGACGCGAUGAUGUAUCACAGCAACAUGCGCUUCAGCACGCGCGACCGCGACAACGACGUGAGCAGCAGCCACUGCGCGCGCUUCUACCAGGGCGGCUGGUGGUACACGCACUGCCAGACGACGAACCUCAACGGCGAGUUCAAGGUCGGCAUGACGUGGUUCGACCGCGACACGAACGACUGGACGCAACUGGCCAAGGUCGUAAUGAAGGUCAGACCGAUAUAGAGGGUCUACUUAUCAAGGUCGUGAUGAUGGUUAGACCGAUAUAGAGGGCGUCCUUAUCAAGGUCGUGAUGAAGGUCAGACCGAUAUAGAGGGCGUCCUUAUCAAGGUCGUGAUGAUGGUUAGACGGAUAUAGAGGGCGUACUUAUCAAGGUCGUGAUGAAGGCUAGACCGAUAUAGAGAGCGUACUGUUCAAGGUCGUGACGAAGGUCAGACCGAAAUAGUGGGGGUACGGACUAGUGUGGUGAUCAAGGUCAGACCGAUAUAGAGGGCGUGCUUAUCAAGGUCGUGAGGAAGGUUAGGCCAAUAUAGAGGGCGUACUUAUCAAGGUCGAUAUGGGGCGCACGUGUGCGUACCGGCGGGGAGGGGGGAUCAUGAUGAAAUUCAACUCGAUAUAGGGCGUAAUAAUCAAGAUUGUGCAAGAAUGCAAUUAAGCCGAUGUAGUGUGUAUGUCGACGUACGGUCUUGCUCGUUGUGAAUCUCGCAGGCAAUUACGAGACGUAUUUAUGAAAUAAAACAUAUAUAGAUAUUCGUUAGCACCUGUAGAAAUGAUUCGUAGAUAUCUCAUAUAUAGAUCAUAUGUGAUAUAUGUCUGUAUAUGUAAUAAAAUGGCUAUGUGCCAAGAAAAACCACUAAA